AAUGCAUGUAGAGAUCAUCUACCUCAUGGCAGAGGCUCCUGUGUUGCUGUCGGCCGUGGUGUGCCAGUAUAAACAGUGUGGCCAGGAUACAGCAGGAGAAGAUAGGACAGAGGUCAGGACCUUUGAACCAGAACAGACAGGACUGAAGGAAACCAAAGCUCUUGUAAACUGGCAUGCUUCUGGCGACGCCACCUUUCACAGGAGAUGCUGGGUAGAAUUGACUGAGAAGUGCAAACGGACGGAAGAUGGCGUUAGUGCAGAGGAGAUCAAAAUGAUAAAAGAGGCAAAGAAAACGGCAGAAUAUUUUGAUUGUGAUGAGAGAGUGAAGUCGGAAGCGAAGAGGGUGUCUCAAAUGAUAAUGACCUCCAGCCACUGUAUAGCUUUUACAGGUGCUGGAAUCUCUACCUCUGCUGGGAUCGGUGACUUUCGGGGUAAAACUGGGAAGUGGACGGAAAAAGACAGGGCUAAGGCAACAGGCAAGCCUACGAAAAGCAAAGGCAAGCGUCCCAAAGGAAACAAAGGGGUGAUAUUUGAGAACCUGCGCCCUACCUACACCCACGAGGCUCUGUGUAAACUGCUGCAGAUGGGUCUCCUAAGAUACGUAAUCAGCCAGAACACAGACGGACUGCACAGGCUCUCAGGGAUUCCCAGAGACAGUAUAUCAGAGCUUCAUGGGAAUUCGUUUCACGAGAAGUGUGAGAAGUGCGGCGCCCGUUAUGAGCGUCCGUACCGCGUUAAGUCCCGCAUGGAGAACGUUGUUCCUAAGAAGUGUAAGAACUGUCGGAUCAACCACAGGACAGGGCGAAAGUGCGAGAGAAAGGGAUGUGACGGUUACUUAAUGAACACAAUCAUCAACUUUGGAGACGACUUGGAAGAUGAGCCCAUGGACCGCGCCUCUGAGCAUGCGCAGAAAAACGACUUGGUACUUUGUCUGGGGACAUCGCUUACCGUGUCACCGGCCAACGAGUUGGUCGAAGAGGGAAAGAAGCCGGUUCGGAUGUUGAUUUGUAAUAGGCAACCAACGGACUUUGAUCCCAUGUGUUAUAAAAUUAACUCGGAAACAAAAUCCCAGGUCGGUUCCAGGGUGUUUGGAGACUGUGAUCACCUAAUGAGAGAGGUCAUGAAGUGCAUUCUACCCCAGGAUGCAUUGCAGGAGUGGGAAGAUGGGCGGGAGGACCGGAUGGAAGAAUAUAACAAACAGAGAGAGUCUGUAGAUUAGAUGAGAGUGAAACGAGGUUCAUCGUUUGAAGACGUUUUGCAACCCGCCACUCCAAGCAAAAUUUUGAGUUCUGAUGAUAUCUCAGUGCAUGCAGUUUUUUGUGCAAUAUCAAUGUUUAUUCGUUUUAUUUUUCGUCAUUAUUAUAAUUUUUGAUGUGAUUGCGGUUUUUGUUAUUAUUACUAUUAUUAUGAAAAUAUGUCAGUUUUGUGCUCCAUAAUAAAGUACUAAUAUGGUUGUAUGAAACUUUUUGGGCAAAAAAAUAAAUCACCCUUCAUUUUUCUUUUUUUAACAUUUGUACUGUCGUUUGGCAUAACAUUGCAAAGUGAU